AUGGAGUUCAUUGGGUGCUUUCUAGUUUUCAUCAUCAUCAUCAUGACUCUGUUCUACAUGGGUUUCAGAUCAUUUACAUCUUCUUCUUCUUCUUCUUCUUCUUCUACUUCUUCUGUUGCUGCUGCUGAUAUUGAUAUCCCUCCUCUUCAAGAAAAGUAUGAUGUGUUUAUUAGUUUUAGAGGUAAGGAUACCCGCCGUACUUUUACCAGCCAUCUCUAUCAUGCUUUAUGUGGGAAGAAAAUCGAAACCUACAUAGAUUACAGGCUUGUGAGAGGAGAUGAAAUUGUGCCUGCCCUCCUCGAAGCAAUCAAGAGAUCAGCAAUUUCGGUAAUCAUUUUCUCAGAAAACUAUGCUUCUUCUACUUGGUGUCUGGAUGAACUUGUGCAUAUACUAGAAUGCAAGCAAAAAAAUGGCCAGUUGGUUAUACCCAUUUUUUACGACAUCACUCCAUCAAAUGUACGGAAACAACAGGGAAGUUAUGCGCUUGCAUUUCGUCAUCUUGAAAAAUGUUUCAGGGAUAGUAACGACAAGGUGCACAAGUGGAGGGCUGCAUUGACAGAAGCAGCCAGUCUAUCUGGGUUUGAUGAUUCAGAAAAAACAGAGUUGGAGGCCAAUUUAGUUAAAAGAGUUGUCCAAGAUAUUUGGGCCAAAUUGCACCGGGAAUCGUCAAUUGAUUUAAGGGGCCUGGUAGGAAUUGAAAGGAAAAUUGAGAAACUUGAGUCGUUAUUGUGCUUGGAUUCACCAUGUGUUCGCUGUGUAGGUAUUUGGGGAAUGGGUGGUAUUGGCAAGACCACCCUUGCGGAUGCUAUAUUUCUAAGGUUGACCCCUAGAUUUGAAGCUCAUUGUUUUCUUGCAAAUGUUAGGGAGAAAUCAGAACAAACGGAUGGACUGAAUCAGUUGCGAAAUAAACUUCUUGGUGAGAUAUUGAAGGAAAAAGAUCUAAACAUCGACACUCCUUCUAUACCACCUAUUACUCGAUAUAGGCUCAGCAGCACAAAGGCGCUCAUUGUUCUUGAUGAUGUGAACGCUCCAAGCCAACUAGAAUUUCUUGUUGGUCAUCAUGAUCAGUUUUGCCAAGGAAGUCGAAUCAUUAUAACUGCUAGAGAUAAGGGCCUACUUGAGCAAAAAGUUGACCAUGAUAAGAUAUACAAGGUUGAGGGAUUAAGUUCUGAAGAAGCUCUUCAGCUCUUUCAUUCGCAUGCUUUCAGAAAUAAGUCUCUAACAACAGAUUACACUGAGUUGUCAAGAAAGGUGGUAGAUUAUAUUGAAGGCAUUCCAUUAGCUCUUAAAGUUAUGGGGUCCUUAUUCCUUGGUUGCAAGAGCAAAAAAGAGUGGGAAGAUCAACUGAAUAAAUUGAAACGAUUUCCAAGCGAAGAAAUCAAGAAAGCAUUGAGAGUAAGUUACGAUGGAUUAGAAGAAAAUGAGAAGGAGAUAUUUCUUGAUAUAGCAUGUUUUCAUAAAGGCUAUAGCAGGAAUUAUGUAAAAGAGUCAUUAGAUGGACGUGGUUUCUGUGGGGAAGUCGGAAUCAAAGUUCUCAUUGAUAGGUCUCUCAUAUCAAUUUCAAAAGGACGGAUAGAGAUGCAUGAUUUGGUGCAAGAAAUGGGUAGGGCAAUUGUUUGUGAACAACGUAUUGAAGAACGCAGUAGGUUGUUCACAGCAAGGGAUGUCUAUCAAUUAUUGAAUAACCAGAGAGCUGCAACUGUUCAAGCCAUAUCCCUUGACUGGUCUGAGAUUGAAAAGCUAAACUUGAAUGAUGCAGACUUCAAAAAGAUGUAUCAACUGAGAUGGCUACAUGUUGGUUAUUCUUGGUUUCUUGAGCACCACACAUUAAUUGGUUCUCUUGAUCUUCCCAAUUAUCUUAGUUAUCUUAACUGGGAGAGAUAUCCUUUGCAAUCCUUGCCAUCCAAAUUUUCUCCUGUAAAUCUUGUUGAGCUUCGUCUGCCGUACAGCCAAGUUACUGGGUCGCAACUUUGGAAUGAAGAGCAGAAGCUUAUCAACUUAAAAGUGAUCAGUCUUCGUUUCUGCGAAUAUCUAACUGAAGUUCCAAAUCUCUCUCGGAGUCUAAAAAUUGUACAUAUAGAUCUUCGUGGUUGUGUAAGUUUGGUUGAAAUUCCUUCGUAUUUUCAAACACUUGACAAGCUUACUUAUCUUGAACUUGGGGGCUGCACAAAUCUCAAAAAUCUUCCCGAGAUUCCAUGUAAUGUUGAAUUCUUAGACUUGUCUAAGACAGCAAUAAAGGAAUUGCCAUCAACAGUUUGGUCUCACAAAAAAAUUACUUACUUUGAUAUUACAAAUUGUAAAUUCCUUGAGAGACUUCCAAGCCGCAGUUGUAAGCUGAAUGUCUCGGGUACUUUUAGUCUAGAGGGUUGCCUAUCUCUUUGCGAGUUUUCAGAGCUUCCCAGGAAUACAACAGUGCUAGAUUUGAGGGGCACAACAAUAAAAGUAUUGCCCUCAUCAAUUGAGUUUGUCUCUAGUCUCACUACAAUUAAACUGGAAGCUUGCAAAAGCCUUGUGAGUCUCCCAACGAACAUUUGGAGGUUGAAAUCCCUUCAGAGCCUUGAUCUCAGUCGCUGCUCCAAAUUUCAAUACUUGCCAGAAGUCUCGGAGCCCGUGGAACAUCUGGAGUUUCUAAAUUUAUCAGGUACAGCGGUUAAAGAACUACCCCCAUCAAUUGGAAAUCUAGUUGCCCUUCGAAAAUUAGACCUCCACGUGUGCAAGAACCUUGAGGUUGUCCCAAACAGCAUCUACAAUUUAAGCAACCUUAAAACUCUCAGGUUUGAUGGAUGUUCGGAACUGAAGAAAUUGCCUCCUGUCUCAGUAGACUUAGUCGGUUUGCUCUCUUUGGAAGCACUAAACCUUAGUUAUUGCAGUAUACAAGAAAUCCCUGAUGGUCUCGUUUGCUUAACCUCAUUACAAGAGUUAAAUCUGAACAAGGCCAAAAUUAAGAGCAUACCUGGAAGCAUCAAACAAGCAGCUGAGUUGUCUUGCCUGUGCCUAAGCGAUUGCAAGAACCUUGAAUCUUUACCAGAGCUCCCCCCAUUGCUACAACGUCUUGAAGCAGGUGGUUGCACGUCACUGAAGACAGUGUCAAGUUCAAGCACUGCACUCACACAAUGUUGGGACGAAUAUAUAUUUUCUCGAAGGCUUCAUGAGAAACAUAUAUUUUCUAGUUGCCCAAAUUUGGAUCCGAAUGCACGAAGCAACAUAAUGGCUGAUGCACAGCUCAGAAUUAUGCGAAUGGCAACUGCAUCAUCAAAGUUUAAAGAAGAAAAAAUUGAACGAGCAUCAUAUGAUUCAGAUGAUGAAUUUUUUAUGCAUGCUGUGAUUCAGGAAAGUUUUUGUGGGAGAUGUUUAGUUGCCAUUAAAUGUCCAGGGUAUGACAUUCCAAAUUGGUUCAGCCAUCAAAGUGAGGGAUCUUCAGUAAAGAUUCAGCUUCCUCCUGAUUGGUUUAGCACAGAUUUCUUGGGUUUCGCUCUAUCUCUUGUCGUUGCAUAUGCUCCUUUGUAUAUGAAGAUUAGAUGGAAGUACAGCUUCAAAGCUAGUAACGGGGAAAGCCAUGAAAUAAAAAAUAGUUUGUAUAAUCCGUAUCUGUUUGGAAGCAGUUUCCAAGAUUCUCAUGAGGUGUUUGUAUGGUGGUAUAAUGUCUUUGAAGUUGUAGAGGCAGCUCAAAUCCCCACUGCAUUUUACAAACUUGUUACCGAGGUCUAUGUUGACUUCAGCAUAGACAAAUAUUCCGCCUACAGACCCAUUCCGGAGAAGUGUGGGGUCUGUCCGUUGUAUGGCGAAGAUGCUGAGAUCAUAAAGCAGAGGGCUUUGUAG